CAAUGAAAAGUAAUCACAUUCCCAAGAUCCGGAAUGACCUAACCGAUCUUCUUUGGUUUACCAAUUCAUCGGAUCUACAUCUCUCUGUACGUCUCAACUCUCAGCCAGAAGGUCGUACGCUCUCUCCGCUCCUCUUCCCCUCAGGUCGGGCGCAUCAUAAACGACGCCGAUCGUCCAAUAUCCCGAGAAAUGUCUGCAUAUGACAAUGCUGUUGUGGGCAAGCUGAAACUUAAGGGUAAGGCCUUGGAUGUUAAGACUGGUUCAAUGAAAAAGAAGAAACAUAAGAAGAGCUCUGAUCAGAUUUCUCAAGUCAUGGAAACUAAACUUUCUGCAGGUGAAAGUGAUGAAUUAAUAGUUGUUGACCGAAACCAGGAAGAGAUGAAUAAAGAGGCCAACAAAACCAACGGGGAAGGAGAUGCUGCUCGAGACUAUCUCACCCCAGCAGAGAGACGCUACAUGGAACAAAGAGAGAGAAUUGAUAAGAAAAAGAUGGCGAAGACCGCCAACAAAUCACACCGAGACCGAAUUGAAGAUUUUAACCAGUAUUUGGCUAAUAUGAGUGAGCAUUAUGAUAUUCCCAAAGUUGGGCCUGGCUAAUCUAAAUCAACCUGCUUGCAAGGGCAGACCUGUAAUCUGGUGUUUGAUCUGUUAACAAUUGUGAUAAUCUGGCUAUCUACCAUUGUAUACCAUGUUAUGAUUUAUGAAACAGCUCUCUCCCGCAGAUACUGUCGAAGCAUAUAUUGAAUGAUGAUAUUCAAAUGGGACGCUGUUUAGCUUGUAGCUUGUUCCAGUGUUUGCAAUUGUCGUGAUUUUGCGGAAGAACCAUUAAAGAAUUUGUUUUGG